GUAGGACUUCUAAAGACAAUGGUGAAAGAAAAGAAAAAAACAGACAAAAAAGAAAAAUCAUCUCGCUCUCCCUCAUCUUUCUCUGAUUAUCCAGAGUUUUCCAAGCAAGAUAACAAUGUCCCUAGGCAAGAAAUAUCCCCAGUUGGCAUCCAGCCACUGGACAUACCACCAGAAUCCCCACGUGUUCAGGAGGAAGGAGAUGCCACCCAGUACGAAGAGCCCUCUCUGACCGAAUUCAUAGUGGAAAGAUAUGAAGGGGAGAAACGCUGUGGCCUCUACCAGGGAGAAGGCUUUGCAAUCUUUCAAGGUGGUUGUACCUAUCAUGGUCUGUUCUCAGAAGGUCUCAUGAAUGGACAAGGGACGUACAUUUGGGCUGAUGGAUUGAAAUACGAGGGGAACUUUGUGAAGAACAUCCCCAUGAAUCAUGGCGUGUACACGUGGCCGGACGGCAGCAGGUAUGAAGGCGAAGUAGUAAACGGCUUGAGACACGGAUUUGGGAUCUUCAGGUGCAGCACGCAGCCUGUGUCCUACAUUGGCCACUGGUGCCACGGCAAGAGACAUGGGAAGGGCUCCAUUUAUUACAAUCAAGAGGGCACUUCCUGGUACAAAGGUGACUGGGACCACAACAUCAGAAAGGGCUGGGGCACAAGGUGUUACAAAUCUGGAAACAUAUACGAAGGCCAGUGGGAAGACAACAUGCGCCAUGGCAAGGGCAAGAUGAGGUGGCUGACGACCCAGGAGGAGUAUGACGGCCAGUGGGACAGGGGCACCCAGAAUGGUUUUGGAACACACAAAUGGUUUAUAAAGAGAAUCCCCAACUCCCAGUAUCCUUUGAGGAAUGAAUACGUAGGAGAGUUUGUGAACAGAUGUCGCCACGGACACGGGAAGUUUUACUAUGCCAGCGGAGCCACGUACGAGGGCGACUGGGUCUGUAAUAAGAAACACGGCAUGGGCCGAUUAACUUUCAAGAACGGGCGUGUGUAUGAAGGGCUGUUCUCCAAUGACCACAUAGCUCAGUUUAUAGACCCUGAUGUUGAGAUCCAGAGUUACUUGGACCUGCACGCCAAAGGGGUCCACAAGAGCAAGCAGUGCCGAUCUUCUCUCAGUGCUGAAAGGAUCAGAAAGCUUGAGGGCAAGGAGAGUCCCUCCGCGCUAGGCCUGAGCACGGAGCUGGACCUCAACCUGCUGGUGAACAUGUACCCUAAGGAAGAACAAGAAGAAGAAAAGAAGCAGGUAGAAUAUGCUCUCUUAAGAAGCAUUACAGAAUUAAGAAGAAUCUAUAGCUUCUACAGCAGCCUUGGAUGUGACCACUCUCCGGACAACACCUUCCUCAUGACAAAGCUUCACUUCUGGAGAUUUCUAAAAGAUUGCAAGUUUCAUCACCACAAUAUAACUCUUGCUGAUAUGGAUCGGAUGUUAAAUGCCAAUAACAGCAUACCAGUUGAAGAAAUUCAUUCUCCGUUUAGAAAAAUACUUUUGAGAACAUUCUUGAGUUAUCUCCUGCAGUUGGCUUACCACAUUCAUCACAAAGAAUACCAAAAUCGAAGCCCAUCGCUCUUUCUGUGUUUUACAAAACUGAUGACUGAAAAUAUUCGUCCAAAUGCCUUCCAGGUAAAAGGCAAUUUAUUCAGUGAGGGAGAGGGGGCACUCUAUAUAAUGAAUUAUAUUGAUAAGUGCUGGGAGAUUUACACAGCUUACUGCAGACCGAGUGCAGCUCCUCCUGGUGAGCUUACAAUGAAGAUGAGACACUUCCUGUGGAUGCUGAAAGACUUUAAAAUGAUAAAUAAAGAAUUAACUGCAACCAAAUUUGUGGCAGUAAUAGCAGAGGAUAAUCCUUUCAUACACGAUGGAAUUGACAGCAACUUUGAACUUGAGCUGGUUUUCCUGGAAUUCUUUGAAGCUCUCAUAUCCUUCUCACUCACCGUGGUUCCUGACCAAAGCACUGAAUUCUCCUUAAAUGUUCCAUGUGAUGGCUUGUCUGGAAACAGAUUUGGAAGCAUUCAUACACUAGUAAAUCAGAGUGUCCACAGCAGGAGUCCAAAUGCAGUCAGAAGCCAGGAGUCAGACAUCAUUUACUUCAGGUGCACCAAGUCUUUGAGCAAGUUAGAACUCUUACCUGAUUGUAAAAUACAGAAAGCUGAGAAGCCCCAGAUUAAAAAGUCUCUCUGUCAUGACAGAAGUUCCAAAAUGAACUUUAAGCCUGCAGGGAAAGGCCUGGCUUUUUCAUCUGAAAAUGAGAAACAUGAAAAGUCCAAGGAGGACCAGAAGGAAAAGCUCCCCACGUGGAAGAGUCACAUGCACUCCUUCUUUGUGAACACCCUCUUCCACGCCCACAGACACCAGGAGAUGCUCAAGGAGAAAGUGAAGGAGCACCACUUGCAGGAGGCAGCACUGGCGCAGCAGAGGAAGGCAGAGAAUGAUGAACUGGAAGCAAGGCUGAGUACCUUAAGGGAGGAAGAGACCAAGGGACAAGAUCUCGAGAUUGACAUCACGGUCAUCAAGGAGCCCAUGGACUUCCAGUCCUCCCUCCCGCCCCUCACGCCAAGCCCUCCCAAAGAGGACGUGGCUGUGUCCCAGGCCACCAAGUCCACCCCAAGCAAAAAGAAGAAGAAGUAAAGGCACUCAGUGUUGCGGGCUGGCUGCAAGGAUCAGCAAACAAAGAAAAGCUCAGACCCAUGAGCACUGUGACACAGGCCGCAUGAGAAAAUUGAAUUUCACCUCUGCUCCUCAGAGUCUGAAAUGCUCCUGCCUUGGUCUGAUGCAUCCAGAUGCCUCACACAGCCGAUCAUCGCCGAAUGGCCUGUAUUUUGAAAACUUGGGCAAAUGAACACAUACACAUAUGCACAUUAAUGAGCGUGUAUUAAAAAUGUUUAAAAAGUCAACGUCCAAUAGUGAUGAAGUUUAAAACCUGAUAAAACAGAUCAGAGGGAGUGGGCGUGAAAGAAGGUAUUAGAAUGUUUCUUGAGCUGCCUCUGUCUUCUGUGUCCUGUAACCGCCCUGGGUCCUUCACAUGCCACCGCACGUGGCCUUCCCCAAUCCUUUUCCACAGACGCCCACAGCACUGUUUGUCCCAUUUGGAAAAUGCCACACAGCACCAACUCUGGGCAGCGAGAAGAAAAGGAACAGAUGGUAGUGGGUGGCUCAAAGAACACUUUUAGUCUCUGCCAGAAAUUUCUGUAGUUAAAAUUUAUAUUAAAGUUCAAGGGUAACUACCACCACCACCAAAAAGAAUAAGAAUAUAAUCAAAAA